GUUGGACACCACUGCAGUAGUUAUUCUGUCAUGGUGGUAGUGUUCUUUUGUGUUCUGUUAAAAAUGAAAUUUUCUGCAUUUUAGAGAUUAUAAAGACAUUCUAAAUAAUAAAUUCUGUAAAUAUCGUGCUCAAUAAUAAUCUACAACCAUGAGUGAUAAAAGGCAACAGAAUUUAUCGAAAGAAGAAAUAGCAAAACAGUUUAUGUUGCCAGAGAGAAAAAGCAAAAUUGCUACUUUAUUGAAACAGGAUGGACAAGCAUAUUGUAUUUGCAGAAGUUCUGAUAGCUCGCGUUUUAUGAUAGGAUGCGAUGCAUGUGAAGAAUGGUAUCAUGGUGACUGCAUAAAUAUAACAGAGAAAGAUGCCAAGCAUAUAAAACAGUUCUUUUGUAUUCGUUGCAGAGAAGAGGAUCCGACUCUAAUAACACGUUACAAACCUCGAAGAACAGAUCAAGAAGAUCGUAAAUACAAGAAGCAUAAAGAGAAAGAAAGAGCACAUCGAUACGAGUAUGAUGCACCUUGGGAUCCUACAGCAGUAAAGAAAUCGUCUAAACGUUGUGGAGAAUGUACAGGUUGCGUGAGAACAGAAAAUUGUGGAAAAUGCGAUGCAUGCAGACAUUUAAAAAAAUUUGGGCCAUCAGUUAGAUUGAAGCUCAGAUGUAUACAGAGAACUUGCAGAGUGUUAGGUGAUCCAUUGAAACCAUCAAAGAGCUUCAACAAAAGCUCAAAAUUUAUUAAGAAACGGAAAAGAGACUCUAGUAAUGAAAGGAAUGAACAUUUGGAAGUACCACGACACUGUUAUGGACCCGCUUGUACGAAACAAUCUCGACCAGGUAGUAAAUAUUGCUCAGACGAGUGUGGCUUGAAAUUAGCAACUAACAGGAUUUACCAAGUGCUACCUCAACGGAUUCAAGAAUGGUCAUUGACGCCAUGUAUAGCAGAGCAGAAUAAUAGAAGACAAUUAGAAACAGUUAGGAAACAGCAGCAAGACGUUCGAAGAAUACUUCAGGAGCUGGAUAAGAGGCACGCAGAGUUGGACAGAAUUAUCGAACGCGCCAAGCACGCGAUAAUUGAUCCUCAGACAGAAGUGGAUGACAACGACGACACAGAAAUGAGCAUGUAUUGCAUUACUUGCGGCCAUGAGAUUCAUUCGAGGACUGCUAUCAAGCAUAUGGAAAAGUGUUUCAAUAAGUACGAAUCUCAAGCAUCCUUCGGUUCAAUCUUCAAAACUCGUAUUGAAGGACAAGUAAUGUUCUGUGACUUUUACAAUCCUGUGAAUCGAACUUAUUGCAAAAGGUUAAGGGUUCUUUGCCCCGAACACUGCAAAGAUCCAAAGAUCAGUGAAACCGAAGUGUGUGGUUGUCCAUUGGUUACAAACGUAUUUGACACGACUGGUGAAUUUUGUCGAGCGCCAAAGAAGAGCUGCGUGAAGCAUUACGUCUGGGAAAAGUUGAGACGAGCAGAAAUUGACAUGGAGAGGGUGAGACAAUGGUUGAAAAUAGACGAACUUGUCGAACAGGAGAGGCAAAUUAGAGCGAAUAUGGCUACUCGGGCUGGUGUCUUGGCUUUAAUGCUUCAUUCUACAUAUAAUCAUGAAUUAAUGGAACAAAUGACGCAAGAACAAAACAGAGAACAGCUAGAAGCUAUGGAAGAGGAACUGCAGCGAAGGUACGGCUUGCUCCAAAAGGAGCACACCGCAGAAUAAUGAUUGUUCUUGCUAUAAAUGGUGUCUUGUAGCUGAUGGUAUGUUGAAUUUUAUAACAUAUCUCCAUGAUGUGUUCAAUAUCGUAUUUAUAAUAAUAUAUUGUACAGAGUAAUAUUAUUAAUAGCGAAAAAUAGGAACGUAUAACGUUUAGCAAAUAAGAUUCGUGGUUCGGAAUGAUCUAGAAUAAAUGAUAAAUUUGUAAAAUAGUUAUUGUUAAGAAUUAUGAAAAAAUCUUCUUGGUUGAGUCGAAGAAAUAUGAUUACUCGAUUAUUGAGAUUUAAUUGGGAAUGAAAUUAUUCAUAACGAAAAGGAAAAGAUUAUUAGAAAUUAUUGUUAGAAAUAUAAAAGAUGGAGAUGCUCGGUUCAAUGAAACUUUUGCAAUAAUAAUAUUAUAGUUGACUCGCUUAAUAAUAAAAUUAACGAUUUACAAGUUAGAGAAACAAAGGGCGUAUAGUUACAAAAAGAGAAGCUGCAAAAAAAAUAGAAAAAUUGCCUCUGGAUCGACUUUGUAUAAUUGUGUAUUUCUCUUUAUUUAUAACGUUCAAUUAAACUUUUGUAAAUUCAAAUUUAUAAUAUAAUUUUUCAUUAUCUAUUUUAGUGUUCACAAUAUAUCAUUUCACAUUAUAUGAUUGCACAUGUGAAACAAAUCAAUAACUCGUUAUAUGAAACAUAAUUCCAACGUUUCUAAAAUUUACCACACUUUAACUUCAAUAAAUAUAUUACUUGCUUAAUUUUAACCAGUUAAGUUCCGACUCGUCGCUAGAAAGGAUACUCUCUCAAAAUACUUCUGAAUUACAACAAGUUUCCAAUCAUAACACAGGAUAUUACAUAUUCUGGCACAAUACAACUCUUCAAUUUUUAUUACUGCAUGUAUAUACAUAUAGAUAUAUAUGUAUAUAUAUUCUGAAUAUCAGUAACGCAUACAUAUUCUGAACACACAUAUAUAUAUAUUUAUAUAUAUAUAUAUGUAUAUAUAUUUAUACAUGUCACAUCUUUCCUUCGUAUCUUUUUAUGCUGCUUGGUAUGUUUUUGAGGCAAACUGUGAGAAUUAAAACACACUCUCUCUCGUUUUCUCUGGGCAUCUGUAUCGGCAAUAACCCAUUGACAAUGGAAUAAACUUCGAAUAUCCUCCAAAAACGCUUUGGAUGAAACUCGCUAUAAAUAACUAGCUUAAUAUAUUUAGUGUUUUGCCAAGUGUUGCGCUCAA